ACAUACCGUGUGUGCUGUGUUCGCUGGAGGCGCGUGUGUAAAUAUUUAAAAUUAAAAAACAUAUUCAUAAAUGGCCCAGGCCGAAACACUGCGAGAAAAUCCAGCAGCGAAGUGUGAUUUCGAAUGAGUGGUUUCAAAGUGACCAGUGCGGGCCGAAGUCGUGAUUUUGUGGCCAUACACAGAGAAAAAUUAUAAUAAUAAAUCACAACAAAUGCAUUUGAAAUAUAGAAGUUAAAAAGUUAAAAAAAGGAGAAAAAAGUUGAAAGUGCGAAGCGAAUAACGAAAAUUACACAAAACGCGAGAAAAGAAUGCACAUUGGCAACAUUUCGUGGUCGUUUUCAGCGAGUUGAUUCCGUUUUUGUUUGUGUCUGUUUGCCUUGCCGGAGCACGCGUGUGUCUGCGUUACCUUGGACAAGAAUAAACCAUCCAAACAUCCUGCAGCAUCCAAGCAUCCAAGCAGCCGCGCAUCCAAAGGAUCCGAGCAUCCAUCUACUCGCCCAUUGUGCUUGUUCUUGGCUCUCCUCCUCGGCGCGGCCUCACGUUCAUCCUCAUCUUUUGUGAAUCCUUGGCGCAGCAGAUUCUAGUUGGUGGCCUACUCUGAAGAAAAUGUUUGAAUAGAGAUGGCCAAACUUUCACGACGUGCCUCGUCGUCUGCAGCAACGCCCGCCAGAGCAACAACAGCAACUAGUGCAAGCACAGGAGCAACAUCUGUCAAUCCAAGUCAUGCCACAGGCGCCACGCAGCAACAAGAGGAGCAGCAUCAGCAGCAGGAGCAGCAUCAGCGACAGGAGCAACAUCAGCCGCAGGGGGGAAGUCAGCAACAUACCAAGCAGCAGCAGCAGCAGCAGCAGCAACAUCAUCAGUUGCAACAUCAGGAACAGCAACAGCAGCAACGCAUUGCCCGUCGUGCCGCCAGCAACAGCAACAUCAACAGCAGCAGCAACAGACCCCAAGCAGCGGCUCUCAUUGACACGAGUCCCGAUGUCCUCCAUGAGAAUCCACCGCCAUCACCGACACCGGCGGCGCUUUCCAACCACAGCAGCAGCAGCAACAACAGCUACCACAGCAACACUGCCAAGCCCACAGCACCCGCCCACGCCCAUGUCACGGCCACGCCCUACAUGCCGCUGCUGCCUCCGGGCGAGCGGAAUCUGACGGAGGCGGAAAAUGCGGCGGAGCGGGCAAGGAUUCGGGAGGAGUUCUUCGCCACCUAUGACGUGAUGACGGGCGUCAGGAUCGCGGCCACUUUGGGCGGCUUCUUCGGCCUGAUGGUCUUCCUGAUCGUCUGGAAGAGUCGCAGCAGCAGCAACGAGACGCUGAAGGUCCUCAAGGAUCCCAAAAUGGCGGCAGUGGCGGCGGUGUGCAUGCAGGAGGAGGAAGAGCGCGAGAUCCACGACGCCAUCGUGGCCACGGGCAUGUCCAUUUAUCCGGAUGAGUAUGAUGCGAUGGUCUACCGACGACAGCGGAUGCUCUCGCUGGGCAAUGUCAGUGCUCCGCCGCUGCUGAAUCGGGGAUAUCGCUGCGGUUCGAUGGGUGGCGUUGGCGUGGGUGUUCCCGUGGGCUAUAGCUAUCUGCUGGAGCCGCCACGGCGCUUCUCCUACUCCUCAAUGUCCGGAGGAGGAGGACCUGGUUCCGGUCAUGUGGGACGUCGCAAGAGUGGCUCGGAGUCGUCGCGCAUCUUCAGCAACUAUCCCAUGGGCGGCAGCUUUGGCACCGACGACUAUUUCGUGGAGACGGAGGACGAACUGGAGGCGGAGGAGUAUAUGCAGCCAGGUACCACGGAUGGGCGCGAUGAUCAUCAGCACCAGAGGACUGACUCCACGCGCAGCAAGCCGGGAUUUCUGUCCGUACCCAUGGCGGGUCACGACUCUCGCCGGAGCAGUGCCAUGACCUGCUGCAGCACGGAUAGCUCCUACCUGGAGCGGCGCACCUCCGCCUACAUGGCCGGUUGCAUGGGCAACCUGCCGACGACGCUGCAGAGGAAGCUAUCGACUGCCUCGCGGACAUCGAGCAUCGAGAACUGGGACUACUACUACCCGGACAUCCAGGUGAUCCAGCCGACACCCAAGGCCUCGCCCUGUCCUUCGGAGCGGAGUGUCCACGAGGGAUCGGGCACGGGCUCCGCUUCGGGAAACGGAUCGAGGACCUCCAACCUGAGUGCUACGAACAUCAAGCGGAAGCACAGCAUUGUGUCCUACGAUCCGGAUAGUGCGCAGGCUGGUCGGAAGCAGCAGAUCCACUCGAUCAGUGCGGACACCGUGGAUGUCUAUCCGUACAACCAGGAGAGCUCCGUAGACCUGGCCUUGGCCCUGCCUCUGCCCAAGCCAGUGCAGUCGGCCCCGCCCACCAGUGCCCACCAGGCGUUCCACUUUUGCGACUCGCCCUCCGAGGAGCUGCGUCUGGGUGUCCGGCGGAAGCUGACCCUGGUGGAGCUGCAGCGCAACGAGAGCAACAACAACAGCUUUCCGUAUACGGCGAAUGCAGCUGCUCCGACUGGAGUAGCAGGCACGGCGGCCAGUUCCAGUAGCAUCAGUGUGGACAGCACUCCGGUGAGUCUGGAGCGGUUGAAUGGCGCCGGUAGCGCUGGAAGCGCCAGCCUGGCCACCAUUUCCGUGUCCAACAAACUGCCGGCUGCACUGAUGGGCAAUAACAAUCCGGAGAAGCGUGCGCCAUUGGCUUCAUUAAGUUCCUUCAAGAUCUCCUCACUGGAGUGUCCCGAUUCCGAUCUGCGCUCCUUGGACGAGGACUCGGUUUUUGGGCUGGAGAGUCCGGCGGACACGGACGAUGAUAUGCAGCAGCUGAGCAGCGACAGCGAGGAGCAGGAGGCUGCAGCCCAGGCUCAGGCUCAGGCUCAGGCUCAAGCACAGGCCGCCUCAAUCCGGGCUGGUGGUGAGGGGAAGCCCAAUCCUCUGCUGCUCGGCAUGCCCGCGAAGCGGAUGAGUCUGAGUUCGGUGCCCACGGGGGGUUUGACAGGUGCAGCCUUGACUGGGGGAGGUGGUGGUGGUGGUGGUGCCCGGCCACGGAGACCGCUGCUCCAAAGGCAUCGCACCAUCAGCGUCACUACCAGCGAUCGGGUGGCCCUUAUCAAUCAGCCCCUGCAGCUGCAACAGUUCCACAUGGGCUUGCCCAUCCAGUCGGAGGCGCCACCGCUGGAAACCCACUUUGGGGCAGUGGUGAGUCAGAGUCCUCCCAGGCGAGGACCCCUCCUGCAGCAAUACAGUGAUCCGCAGACUACGACGACGACCACAACGACCACCACCACGGAGGAGGACACCUGUUCCACGCUGAACACCGAGCUGGGAUUGGUGGAGGCCUCGGGAGCAGCACUUGGAGGUGGUGGCGGUGGAGCAGAGUCCGCCACACACACGCAGUACAGCAGCCUCAACACGGUGAUCAGCAUGGGCCGCUCCACGCCCAGUCCCAUUCCCAUUUCCGUUCCCGUUCUGACCAGCCGGAUGGACAAUAACGCCGCCGCCUCACAAGCCACACAGCAGCCAGCUCAACUGCCAACGAACGCCACCCGGCUGGUGCACGAUCCCUGCCCCUCGUCCGUGUCCGACUCGGUGAUAGCCACCCGGCAGCAGAGCAUCUGCAUGCCCGCCUCCCUCAAGGAUCUGAUCCUGCGCAAGGGAUCGGCUCCAGCUCCGGCUUCCACAAGCGGGAUCAGCCGGAGUGCCGCCAACCUGAGCUGUGAGAGUGGAGGCACUGCUGCAACCACAACGACUGCGACACCCGCCGUCAUGCUAGAGCUUCCCCUAAUCCGGCUGCCCAACGAGGAGGAUGACGAGCAUCAGUUGGAGCACCAGGCCCACUUGGAGCGGGACAGCGGUGAGAAGCGCGAUCCCAGCCUGCCCGGCACUUCCCGGAAAUGGUCCAAGGAGACACUCUUCUAGCCCAGCUGGUUUCCACUGCUCCAACGAAGGCAGUUCCCUGGGCCGGGCCACUAUUUAAGAGCUUAGCAACUGACUUUGAACGCAUGGUAAUGGGAUCUACAGUGAAAGCUCCCUAUAUCUUUGUUAUCCCCCGUUGAUUCUAUCCCUUAGGAUCAGAAGGGGAGUUUCAGGGGAGUUUUCACUGUAAUCGGUAGUCGUAUGGUCCGGCAACCAACUUCCUGGGUUGCUGCGGACCCGGAACUAUGAAUCGCGAGUAUUGUCGAGUAUUUAGGCUUAGAUAAGGAGGACUAGCUUAAGCGCAUUUAGCCAAAACAUAUGUUUGGCAUAAGGAGUUACAGUAGUACAUGCCUACUAACCAUGAAGAGAGUAAUGAACAGCAACAUGAACAACAACGUAUUCGUACUUAGAGACUGUUGUCUAUUAUUGUUAAUAGAACUCUAAACGUUAAGUAGUGAUACUCGGAUUUAUUUUUCACACUUUGUCUAUGAAGCAAGAGUGCAGGCAUACGAAUGUAUACAUUUGUAUGCGGCCCUAUACUGAGCAGGAGAUUUGUAUAUUUCUAUAGGUAUAUCGCCAGCCGCCAGAAUGCAUAUACCGAUCGGUCUUUCUAUCUCUAGCUCUCACCCUCUCCCUAUUACGGAAUGAAAACUCUUCUAGUGUCUUAAACAGCAGCCAAAUACUUAAAGUAUUGUAAUUUAGAAAUUUUAUAGAUUGCACAACAACUCCGAGACAAGUCGAUCGUGUUAUCCUUGCAACAGAUGUACUCUGACAGAAGACCUUAGGACCUGGAAAGGUCCGUCCGAAGAUGCCUGAAUGUCCUUUACGCGUAGCUAGACUCAAGUUGCAGACUUUCUAGGAACGUUUUCGCAUUUCCCGCUCCUGCCUUUUCGAACAUGAAUUGUUGGAAAUUAAAAUAGAGUUGUUGUCAGCAUGUAGAGUUACAAACAGAAUAUAAAAAUUGAAGAAAAAAAAACAGAACAUAUAUGUAAACAAUUUCCUAACUCAUCCCACCUACGCAUCUCUAUUUUUCUAUGAAAAGCUAAAGCCAAGGAAAGGAAUACAGACGAAACGGGAACUAAAUCAAAUAACUUGUAUUGUUCAAAUCAAAAUACAGAAUUAGUGGUCGAAACGCAAGAUAGUAUGAUAAUAGAGCUGCAUUUUGAGGUGCCCCAGCCCCCUAGAGACUUUCUCACACGCCUGAGCCUCAGCCUGAGCCUGAUUUGUACCUUUCCUAUGCAUAAGUACAUAUUUAUAUACACCACACAUGUAUAAAUCGAGCCCUAUUUGAAUAUUUUUUAAUACUAGUAAGUAUUUUGUACGACGAGAUCAACUCGAAUGGCGCCUAAGAAAUGCAAAUGGUAUAUCAAAAGAAAGCCCCCCAAAAAACAAAACAUUUAAUUGUUGGUUAUCUGCUGAAGAACGUAAGAGUAAAUGAAAAUUCGAAAAUAUUGUAAUUGUAGCGUUGAUUUGUUUCAAACGAGCAAAAAUAUACAUAUAACUAAUUACGUAGAUAAAUAUACAUACCUAUAUUUAAUGAAACCAAUGAGCAAACCUAGCUUGUGUAAGUCAAAGAGUAGCGGAACCAAUUGUUAAACCUAAGCAUAAUAAAUCUGUAAUAAAACUGA